ACUCUUCACUUACUUGGAUCGGUAUCUUCUAGUGCCUUAUAUGGUAAACCCCGGACCGCGCAUUCACUAUAUCUGGUCUCCCCGGACCCCGCAUUCACUAUAUCUGGUCUCCCCGGACCCCGCAUUCACUAUAUCUGGUCUCCCCGGACCCCGCAUUCACUAUAUCUGGUCUCCCCGGACCCCGCAUUCACUAUAUCUUCUCUCCCCGGACCCCGCAUUCACUAUAUCUGCUCUCCCCGGACCCCGCAUCAUUCACUAUAUCUGGUCUCCUCGGACCCCGCAUGCACUAUAUCCGCUCUCCCCGGACCCUGCAUUCACUAUAUCUGGUCUCCCCGGACCCUGCAUUCACUAUAUCUGGUCUCCC